AUGAUCACGAGAACCCUGUUGCAGGCGAGACGCGGCACGUCUGCUGUGGUGGGGUUCGGGGUGGGGCUGGGAUUGGCGGCGUCGUUGUCUGCUCAACGGCAGCAGCAGGAUGCGCCUCACGCCGACUCCGGGAAUACUCGAUACGAACCCCCGCUCCCGCCGCCGAAGGCUCGAAGUUCCGCCGAGCCGACUCUGCGAGAGGAUGUAAUGGGGUCGUACGAAGACCGGAUUCGUAACUUCAGCAGCGCCGAGCGAGUUUUCGAGUUCUUCGCUUCCGUGACCAAUGAAAAAGGAACUUUCAUGACCCCUGCCGACUUCGCCCGGUCCAUCACGCCAUACCAGCACCGGGUCGGCGAGAAAGUCGGGUCCGAGAACCCCAAGUACAGGUUUCAGGCGAAGCACCACGGGCCGACGGCAUCGGAGCUGGAGGGCUAUAAAAAGGUGCUUAAGGCCAUCCUGGAGGACUCGCGGGUAACGCCGCAGGAGGUCAAGGACAUGCUAGACGCAAGGGAAAGGUUCAACAUCACCGCCGAGGCCCACCUGAGGGUAUUGGCGGAGCUGGGGGAGUCGCAGAUGCGCCUCGACGCCCUCAUGGAGGCAAAGGGUGGCAUCCCCAUAGACAGUUUCUUGGCUAUGGUCGACAUCGACGGUGACGGGUUGAUCAGCUACGAGGAAUAUAUGCUCUUCCGCACCCUGCUGAGCUUCCCCCAACGGAAGCUAUCGAUCGCGUUUCGCAUGUUCGACCGCGACGAUUCCGGUGCGGUAGACAGCCACGAGCUUGAGUCCUUCAUGCAGGUGCUACGAGGGGAGACGAAUGUAGGGAGGACGGAAGGGGGCACGCACACUGAUGGCUUCGGCGACGUCGCGGACAGGCUCUUCUUCGCCGGCAACGGGAGCGGCAAGCUUACCUUUGAGCAGUUCAGCAUGUUCGUGCGUCUCCUCCAGCGGGAGGCCCUCGUGAUGCAGUUCAACCAGUGUGACGAGCGGGGGGGCGGCAUGCUCAGCGCGACGGGCUUCGCCAAGUUCUUGGUCACCAAGGUGAACACGGACCGAAACAUGUAUAAGGAGUACAUGCGGCGCGCGGAAUCGGAAGCUAUCUCCGACUUGAAGGUGGACAUCUCGCUCGAAGACUUUCUGGCGUUUCAAGAGGUGCUCCAGCACUUGCCCGAGAUGGAGGUGGCGAUGAAGGUUUCGGGGAGCGUUGAAGGCAGAGGUUUGGACCGACAGGAGUUUGUCCGCGCCGUGCAGGCUGCGCUGGAGGGGGGGAGGCUGAGACAGCAGCAAGCCAACGACCCGUUCCUCCUCAAAGCCGUCCCCAUGCGGACAAGAAAACGCGACAUGCUCCGAAAUAUACUAUUCGGGAAGUCUGUUCCGAAGAACAGCGCGGCCUCCAGAGCGAAUACCAAGGGUGGCGGUGAAGUUGAGGACACAGGAGGCUCCGCGGUUGCGUGGGGGGGGACCCAUGCGUUGCCCUCCGGGAUCGUGGACACGCUCUUCGCUCUCCUGGAUGUGGACGGCGACGGUCGUCUGGACCAGUCCGAGUUCAUGACCCUCAUGGAACGGCAGUCCGCGAUACCCGAUCCGCCGAGAACCCUAGGGGUGGUGGCCUUCAUGCGACGCUUGAAGGACUGCGCGGAAAAUUCUUUCUUCUAGGCGACUACCGCAGCUUCCACCGUGGAAACGGUCCUGUUACCGAACGGGUACAGGCAAGGGGGGCGAGUCGGAUCACGUCACAACCAACCAGGACCGUGGUCGCAGAAAGCGCCUUCGGGGAGGGAGGCACGCUUUUUUAGGGUCUUCGGGGUGUUUUGGCAGGCAGAGAGAGCAUACCUGUCGAGGAGAGGUCGGGUGAGCUGGCUAGAAGUUUAAGAGAUGGAGGAUUGGCCGAGUUGGUACGAUAUGGAAGAGAGAACACACUUACUUCUGUUGAGAGCGAAGGGUGGGAUGGCAAUAGCAGUUUGAGAGAGCGAGGGGACCUUGGGCGACAGCAGAGUAGAUUAUAUGUUUGUGGUUUUUUGGGUGAUUUGGCCGGCAGAGAGAACACUUGUGGUGAGGUUGGAGAGCACGCGUGUUUGGUGAGCGAGCGAGAGAGGGGGGCAUGGAUUGUGGGUCGCGGGGGGCACGACAGAGUGGAUUUGUCCACCAACAAAGCGGUGGCCGACCGGUCGGUGGGUAGAGCUCUUUGAAAUACCUUGCGGCCAGGCAGAAGAAACGCACAGUGGUGUGUUGCUCACUCUCCGGCUGCUGGGGGUCUCCUCUCGAGAGGCAGUUAGGUUAGCACCAGCCCGGAGAGAGAGGAAGAGAGAGAGACAGAGGGAGAGACAGAGAUGUUGCUUCGGAAAAAUACACUUACAGUAAGAGAGAAGUUUUGUUCUGUUGGGGAUACGCUGUCAUGGAAAGAACAAAGGGAGCGACGAAAUCCCGCUGGAAUCUAUCUCGGCGAAUUAGCAAGGGUAAUCGAUGAUGUCGGGGGCAAGAAUAAGGCGCGGAGACACCCAGGCCAGGGAUACCGAGGCCGGUUGACGGGGAGUCGGGGACAAGCAGACAAGCAGCUGCUACGUUUAACCUCUGUUGCUCUGUGCGCCCACAUGCCAUUCGAUGUUGGCAGCCCCAAGUAAGACCGACCUGUCAGUCGGUGGAUAAUAAUAGAUGACACGUAUCGGCCGAGUAGACGCCAUAACAACGGUAGAGAAGAGGUUGCGUUGGAAGAGAUAUUGCGUGCAUAGUCUAGAAAAAUUAGAGCGGGCGUGAUGAGCUGAUCGACAGUGACCGAAAACGAAGAGGACAAGCAAGGCAGAACGAAGAAAAAACAUAAUGGGAGGGGUACCACGCGAAAGGAAGGGUUCGAGGAGCCCUGGGGGGGGACGACGCCUGUCACAUACUAAUGCGUUUUCGUUCAUCGACCCCCCCCUGUGUUCGAUAAAAAGGAAAUAGGUAUGGAUACUUGACGGCGGACUAGAGAUAGACGUAAGAGAACCAAAGCGGGCAACAUGUCCGUCGCUGAUGUUUCCCCGUUUGUUUUCGCUUUUUGUUCUUGUGUGUUUGGGCGGUGGUCCUCCGUCACCACUAAAUGGGUUGGAAGAACAUGGGACA